UCGCUUUGGCCGCAGUUUGCCCAGUUAACAUUUGCGGCACGAGAGCGGGUGGAGUAGCUGCCGCGAAUGCUAAUGCUAAUGCUAAUGCAGCAUUACACUGCGUCAUACUCCAAGUCUAUUAGAUAAUCGCUAGAAGCUGACCUGCUGGCUGGUUAAGUGCGUAGCUUGGGUUGAUUGGUCUGAUCAAACACUUGACGAACGUUACGCUGUGCGCCACCUGUUGUUGUUCACUUGAACUUUAGUUGCCAGUUCGGUCGAGAACAGGAGCGCACCCUGGGCCAAAGCAAUUAGCGUGUAUUUACACUGUCCCAUGUGCACUUGAGCUGGGCCGCUGGGGCUGGGUGAGGGGCGGGAUAACUAACUUAACUGGUAGUUGCAUUACGGAAAGUUUUCAGUGUUUUUUUUGCGCUGUGCAUUUAUGCAUUUUGCUGUUGUUUUUGUUGUUGUUGUGUCGUACGUUUCCACAUCCAGAAGCUUUUCAAAAGUUUUCGGCUUAAGUUCUGCGCCUGCUCGCCAGCUGUUGCUGCUGCUGUUGCCGCUAUGCAGCUUCGGCAGCGCAGCCAGCGCUGGCGUCACAAAUCGCAAGUCUCGACGUCGCCGUCGCAGUGACUGCGCAGUGGCGUCCGUCGCAUUGCGCGUUUAACAGCCGAAUCGCUCAAUUUUUGCUCAGUUUGAUUCAGAAGUUUAGCUUAAGCACGUCUCGGACGCUCGGUCAACAGUCCCGCUUAGCAGUUCAUUAGCCAAUUGCGAAAGAUUUUGCGAUUUUUACAAAGUUCUUGUGAAACAUUUACGUAUGUUUGCACACUCAGCCAUACAUAUGAGCAUAUAGUUAUUUCUACCUUGUCCGUGCGUUAUUUGUGUUGUGGUUUUUGCGGUUUUUCAGUUCCAGUUUCAAUCGACUGCAGGCAGGAGCAGCGGCCCCCAGAAGCAGCAGCAACAGCAGCAGCAGCAACCCCAACACUAGCACAGCACCGAUCAGCAGUGGCGGCAAUAGCGAACACUGAAAUUGUUGCUCGACAUCUUUCGCAUUGCACUCGAUGCGUUGAACUAUUCGGAACGAACCACCAAUAAAAAAAAAAAAAGCAGCACACAUAAACACACACACACCCACACAGAACCCCACUUACACACACAGCAACAAAAUGGCCUUAAUUAUGAAAUACAUCGAGAGCAUAAACAGAUAUAUGGACACACAUAGUGAUUCAAGGACAAAGGACUGGCCCAUGAUGUCAUCACCCUUCCCCACACUGGCCGUUUGCCUCACAUACGUCUACCUGGUUAAGGUGCUUGGCCCGCGAUUAAUGGAGAAUCGAAAGCCCUUACAUCUACAGAACCUGCUGGUCAUGUACAAUGCGUUACAGGUUGUAUUUAGUGCGUGGCUCUUCUAUGAGAUAGGAGUUUCCGGUUGGCUAACAGGACAUUAUAGCUUCCGAUGUCAGCCAGUUGACUAUAGUAAUAAUCCUAGAACGUUAAGGAUGGUUCAUGCGUGCUGGUGGUACUACUUUUCCAAGUUCACAGAGUUCAUGGAUACGAUUUUCUUCGUGCUGCGCAAGAAGACGAGCCAGGUAACAACUCUCCAUGUGAUCCAUCACGGCUGCAUGCCCAUGUCGGUGUGGUUCGGUGUUAAGUUCACUCCAGGUGGUCACAGCACAUUCUUUGGCCUGCUCAACACAUUCGUUCACAUUGUGAUGUAUACGUACUACAUGUUCUCGGCCAUGGGUCCACAGUACCAGAAGUACCUCUGGUGGAAGAAGUACCUGACAACGCUGCAAAUGGUUCAGUUUAUUCUUAUCAUGGUGCACGCCUUCCAAUUGCUCUUUAUUGACUGCAAUUACCCGAAGGCCUUCGUCUGGUGGAUAGGCAUGCAUGCUGUUAUGUUCUUCUUCCUGUUCAACGAGUUCUACAAGGCAGCCUACAAAAACCGUCUAAUGAAGCAAAAUGCAGCGCUGGCCAAUGGACACGCAAAGCCGAACGGCUACUGCAAGAGCAUCAAUGCCCACGACGAUCUGUUCUUGCCACAAACGACGACGACAGAGGCAACAGCAGCAGCAGCGUCAGCUACGGCCAAGGCCAACGGCAAUGGCAACGCGGCGCUCAGCAAUGGUCAUGCGAAUGGCCUGAAGAACGGCUAUAAGACGCUGGCCAAUGGCGAUGCGGUGACGUCCUUGACCAAUGGCAGUGCGCACAAAUCGAACGGUGUCCUGCUCGCCAAUGGCUUUGGUAAUGGCAACGGCUAUGCCACCCAGCUGCUGGACGAUGUCGCCCAGGAGCUGAAACACCGGAAGACACCGAAAUAAUAUCGGGAUAAUGCGGGUCGGCGCCAAAACAGAGCUUAGAGGAGAGGGUCAAACAGAAGAGAGCACAGCCAAGCGCCCGGAGCAGCAAUUCAUGCUCCAACAGUCAUAAGCACACACACAAAUCCACACAUAUACAUCCACACAUACACUCACACUCGAACAGCAUUCAUUUACAUCCACAUAAGCAGAUAUACAUACAAGUUUCGGAUAUUGUAUUGACAUUGAAAUAACUUUUAGUGAAGUAUAAAAAUAUAUAUAUAUAUACAUAAAAGUGAAACACUAGGGGCAUAUUGUUAUUGGUACUAAUUAUUAUUAAACAAUUUAAUUAAUAAUAAUUGUAAUGCAUAAUAAUGAUAAUAAUGUUUGUUUUUACGGCGAGCAUUCGCUUUGCAUACUACAAUCUGGUGCAUACAUAUUCUUUUUUAUAUAUGUAUGUGUGUGUAUGUAUAUACAGCGUAUGUGCGCAUGUAUGAUGCAUCCAUAUAUAUAAAAUACAUUUUUGUUGCUUUUUUUUCUCUUUUUAACUACUUUAGUUGUACAAAGCUUUGUAUAGAAAAAACAAAAAAAUACAAAAAAAACAACAACAAAAUAUAAUAAAACAAAACAAGAAAACAAUUUAAAAAUUGAGCCUAAUGCUUUAUUUCACUAAAUUGUAUGUGAGCAUGGAAUUAAUCUAUGUAUUUAAGCAUAGAAUUUAAUUUAUAUACUUAUAUAUAUAUACUUAUAUAUAAAUGGAAAACAAAAACAAAAAAAUACAAAAAUAAGUUGGUUCAAAAAAGUUUUGUAAAUGUAUAAAGAAAAAACAAAAAAUAAUAAAUUGUAAUUUAAUAUUAGUCGCAAUAUUUGUUGAGGAAUUUAAGCAAAAGCAGUCAAAACUAUUUAAGCAACAUAUACUAUAAACAACAAAUUUGUGGAGAUUCACAAAUUGAAAAACAAAAAAUCCAUAAACAACAAUUACAUGUUUCAUUAAUUUAUUACAAAUAAAUUAUGCCACUAAACUGCAAACAUUUUUGAAGGCAUGCAACAUUAGCAUGCGACAGCAACUUACGACAAAAUCAACAAAAAGAAAAAACCCCACAAAAAUAUACACAUAUAUACAUAAUAUGAAUAAGAUAAAAUCAACAAAAUUCCCAAGACAGCAAACUUUGUUGACAGAAAGAAAAAAAAAAAAAAAAAAAAAAAACAAGAAUAAAAACAAAAAAUCCAAGCAAAAAACAUAAACAAAAUAGACUUUAAGUCCCACACAGUCUAGGUUCCAUAGGUAUUCAAUUGCAAUACAUUUUGUAUGCGUAGUAGCCAUUUUUGUGGAGCUGGAGCAGUAUGUAAACACUAUGUAUGUAAUUGUAAUUAUUAUUAUUAUACAGAGAAAAAAAAACAAGAAACAAAAGAAAACAAAAAUAAUGUGUAGAAAAUUAGGCGGAAAUGGAGUGGAGCAUUUUUUCAAUAAAACACUAAAAAAAAUACGCUUAUGCAAAAAA